AUGCCUCCACGAUCACAAUCAUUACCUGUUGUUUCCAGAAGCAUUCCAAUUGCCAGGAAUGGCAAAUCGUUGCAAGAGGAUGCCAUGGAAGCGGUAGACGCCCGAAGGGCUGACAUUCAAGACUAUUUGUUCUACAAUAGAAUCAUGAGUGGCCUCAAAGCAAAGCAAUCGAAAUCACGGUGUUUGGAUUUGAGGUAUCAGAACCAAAUGCUAAUGGAACACAUUCGAGACACGCGCUAUUCGGAUGUUGACAGUUUGUCGGGCGGGGAGAGUUUCUCUUCCGAUGACGAAUUGACACGAAAUACAUUGAUGGGAGCUAUUGAUUUGGCACAAGCUGACGAAGACGAUGAGAUGAUGUUUGAAAUGGACAUUUGA